AUUACAGAAAUGGAAAGAAACAAUGUUCAUUUCGAAGAGCCGGUGAAUAAGCAAAUUAAUUUCAGGAUAUCCACAGGGAGAGCAAAAACUAUCGAGAAGAUAAACCCACUGACCUUUGACUGCCCUCCUCCCAUAUUUGACGAUGUGCCUAACAGAGGAUGGCUGUUCUGUGCUCAGAGUAUAAUUUCAACUGAUUCUGGCUUUCCGAAGAAAGUUAAGCAAGCAAGUUUUUAUUGAUCUAAGCAAAAGAAUAUCGAACGGUUACCUUAUUUUGCUCAUAAAAGAGGCCAAAAAUUGGCUAUUAAAUAAAGGUCCCUUCAGGAUCCCGCAGAAGAAAUAUGUCUUGAACCAAACUCUGAACACAAUUAGCACAUUCUUGGUACAAAAAUACAAAGGAGUAAAAAUUCCAGCCCACAUAAAGGACCUUGCUUCAAAAACUAUUGAAAGUCCAAUGACCAGGAAAGUAAAACAUGUGAGGGUUAAGAAGAAUACUGCUCUCAAUAGAAGCAUCGAAUCAACUUUUAGAAUGUACGAUCGGGAACUAAAUAAAUCCACUGGAAUUAGAGUUAUAUCUCCUAGUCAUAAGUCGUCAACAAAGCCUAUAAAAUCUACUAGAAACAGGUUCUUCAAGAGAGAUGAAUCUCCUCCCCAGUGAAGGCUAAAGAUCAAAAUCAGAGGUGCUAAGACCAGGACAAGUUUAAGGAUCAAUACACCUUCAUUUACUAAUAAGCUAAAAUCUAAAGGUAGAGCUUUAUCCUUUAAACUCUAGGUCCUUCGCCAAGACUUUUUAGAAGGAUGCCGAAGAACUUUGAAAGGAAGAACCUUGAGGAGCUGAAGUCCCAAAUAUCAGAUUCAAUCUACAAUUCGGUUCUCAAGCGGAGGGAAUCGUCACCGAUUAAAAUUAAGGGUUAAUUAUGUUAAUCAUCUCUUUUCCCUAUUCUGUAAUGACAAGAUUAUUCUACUAAGAUCCAGCUGA